UGGAGUUAGCCCAAAUGUCAUCCGUUACCCCGUCAAGCAGCGGAAAGGGGGUCGGGAAAUCAACUAACUUCACUCCGGAACUGCAAAGCAUGAUGUUUUCCUUGGGGGAUGCUCGCAGGCCUCUCCAUGAUUCCGCAGUGCUGGUAGAAGACAUUGUCCACACUCAGCUGAUUAAUUUGUUGCAGCAAGCUUCUGAGGUCUCUCAGAUGAGAGGAGCCAGAGUCAUUUCUGCAGAGGAUAUUCUUUUCUUGAUGCGGAAAGAUAAGAAAAAGCUCAGAAGGCUACUCAAAUAUAUGUUUUUCCGAGACUACAAAUCUAAAAUCGUCAAAGGGAUUGAAGAGGAUGAUCUUCUGGAAGACAAACCUGGUGGCGGCGGCGGCGGCGGCAGCAGCAUCAACAAGCGCCAGAAGAUUGCUCAAGACUUCCUUAUCUCUAUCGAUCAGACCGGGGAACUCCUGUCCUUGUUUGAAGACGACGAGGUUGAUGACGUAAAACAAGCAAGAAUGGAG